UCCUUGUCUUCAUGUCGCCGGUGUACACUCAUCGACCAUAGAUGUCACACAUAAAGGAACGGGUCCUCCCGGCCGAGGCUCCCGCCAUCGUGGCAGGUAUCUGUGCAGCAGGUCGGGAAAUACCCGUAGAUCCCACGAUAGUGCAUAGGAAUGAGGUCAAGAGAUUGAUGAGAUCCAAAUGGUUACCUCCCUUGGCCGAAGCCGCCAAAUUGCCGCGUCCGUCGCUUUUAGCGCGGUUGGCGCCCACCGUAGAAGUAACGAAAGGCGGAGAGGACGAUGAGCAAGAGAAGCGCAAGGCUGCCGUCCAAAGGAAACCCAAUGUCAUGAAGAAAAAUACAUUUCCUUUCUCGGAAAUUCGAGAGUCCACCACGACCAAGAUCCAUCUGAAGAAUAAUCCAAGUUCCCGCUACGUGCUCGCGUUUCGAGACAAGGCACAUCGCGCCGAUGAGCGGGCCAAAGCGUAUGAAGAAGCCGCAUGCCGUCUCGCACUGGCGAAUACAAACGGUAUCAAUUGGAGCGUCAUCAAAAAUAUCAGCCGAAAUCCAGCCUCCUCCCAACCCAUUAAAGGCCUGCGGACCUCAUAUGCCCCCGAAAGUCGGCCAGCAAGAACCGCACAAAGCGGAGCAAUGAAUCUGACGACCCCGCGACAUGUGUUGCCACCACUUAGUCAAGCUCUUUCCGCAACUUCCUUAUUUGUAUCAGAAGGAGAGGAAAACGAAGAUAAGGGCCGUUCGCCUUCCGCUAAUCUGCAGUUGGUCCAAGAUUCCGCUGGAAGUCUUCCAUCCCUUUUGGCUAGAAGUGCCUCCUUCCAGGAUGCUCAAAAUUGGAUGCAGGCCAAUGCGCUCUGGAGACAGAAGCAUUUGCCUGAACUAGGCAACGCGUUGAAUGAGGAUGAAUAUUGCUUUGGAAAGCCAGAAGGGAUCGAUGAGGAUGUGGGCGAUCAGUUCAAUAUAGCAUUCAAGGAACUGACCAAACUAGGCAGUACAGUCCGGAAAAACCAACUAGACAUUGAAGCGGACAAGAACUUAUUUGAAGAAGAUACAACUGCGACACUACCGAUUGACAGCGUCACAUCGGUCACGACGCAGCGCCCGUCUAUCACAUCCUCUCAUAAUAGCACGCCGGAUCCUACGGUAGCUGAAGUCUGGAAACGGAAACUCCAAAAUCCCGCUCAAAACCAUCAUUCGGCUUUCGCAGCCUAUCUGGACACGACACGCAAAGAACUUUCGACAACUCUCAAGUCCCGCAGCCAUGACCGGUUGCGAGUAUGCAAAGAUGACGAGAGUGCCUUAGGGGUAUUAAAACUCGCUGUGAUGGACGCGCGAAACUGCACUUUGGUCGGACCGACGAGGCACUCUCAUACGCCAUGGGAUCAUGUAGUACCAUACAUGUGGUACAAGGACGCCUACCCACUUGUCAAAGCCCAUCUUCGUGAGCGACAGGUUGCCAAACCUUCAACACCGCAAGAUCCAAAGAAAUGGAUGUCCCAAACCACAAAUUCCGACAAUGUUGUGAGACAUCAGCGCAUCUCGAACCUUACUUCCGCUAGAACACGCACAAAUCUUCUGUUUGAUUACAUUACUUCGGCUCGGUCAACUGUCUUCACACCGAGUAUGAUGCGGAAAUGUGGCAGUAAAGGAGUUCUAGAGGAUAGGGAUCGCAAACGGGAUAGUACAAAUGUGUUGGUGAAUUGA